GUUCCGGGGUGCCGAACGGGAGGAAUGUUGCCCUGCUGCAGGAGAAGGCGAGCAAAGAAGGAACAGCAAAGAGAGAUUGUGGAGAGACCCCUCAGGAAAACGAGGCAAGCGCCAGAGAUCGCGAGGAGGAGGAGGAGGAGCUGCAGUCGGAGCAUUCCUCCGCAGAUGAGAGCGUCUUCGCGAAAGCGGAUACGCUUAAGCUGAAGCAGCGGUGGAAACGGAAACAAGUUGAAAAGGAGGAAGCUGCACAGUUCUUUCAGGAAGAUGCUUCACAAUUCGAUGAUAGUUUGUCCUUCCAAGACAUGAACCUCUCUCGGCCCUUGCUGAAGGCCAUAACUGCCCUGGGCUUCAAACAGCCUACCCCGAUCCAGAAGGCCUGCAUCCCUGUAGGACUGCUGGGGAAGGACGUAUGUGCGUGUGCGGCCACGGGAACAGGGAAGACCGCAGCCUUCAUCCUUCCUGUCCUGGAGCGCCUGAUCUACAAACCUCGGCAGGCCCCUGUGAGUCGUGUGUUAGUGCUGGUGCCGACCCGGGAGUUAGGCAUCCAAGUGCACUCGGUUACGAAGCAGCUGGCUCAGUUCAGCAGCAUCACUGUUUGCCUGGCAGUAGGUGGCUUGGACCUCAAGACCCAGGAGGCAGCCCUGCGCUCCGGUCCCGACAUUCUCAUUGCCACUCCUGGCCGCCUCAUUGACCAUCUGCACAAUUGUCCCUCCUUCCACCUGGGCAGCAUCGAGGUCCUCAUUCUGGAUGAAGCCGAUCGGAUGUUGGAUGAGUAUUUUGAGGAGCAAAUGAAGGAGAUCAUUCAGAUGUGCGGUCGACAUCGCCAGACAAUGCUCUUUUCUGCAACCAUGACAGACGAGGUCAAUGAUUUGGCUUCGGUUUCUUUGAAAAAUCCUGUCCGGGUCUUUGUGAACAGUAACACAGAUGUGGCCCCCUUUCUGCGCCAGGAGUUUGUCCGCAUUCGGCCCAGUCGUGAGGGGGACAGGGAAGCCAUUGUGGCAGCUCUGCUGACUCGGACAUUCCCAGACCAUGUGAUGCUUUUCACCCAGACCAAGAAGCAGGCCCACCGCUUGCAUAUUCUCCUGGGCCUGAUGGGUUUGCACGUCGGUGAGCUGCACGGCAACCUUUCCCAGGCCCAGCGCUUGGAGGCUCUCCGGCGAUUCAAGGAUGAGCAGAUCGACGUGCUCGUGGCCACAGACGUAGCUGCACGAGGCCUUGAUAUUGAAGGCGUCAAAACAGUGAUCAAUUUCACCAUGCCCAACACCACAAAGCACUACGUCCACCGAGUGGGGCGCACAGCUCGGGCAGGACGUGCGGGCCGCUCCGUGUCCCUAGUGGGCGAGGAAGAGCGCAAGAUGCUGAAAGAGAUUGUCAAGGCUGCCAAGGCGCCCGUCAAGGCCAGAAUCCUCCCCCAAGAUGUGAUUCUGCGCUUCCGGGAGAAGAUUGAGAAGCUGGAGCCAGAUGUGUACACUGUGCUGCGCCUGGAGCGGGAAGAGCGGGAGCUGCAGCGCUCGGAGGCCCAGAUCAGUACUGCAAAGCGGAAGCUGGAAACUGGGUCUCAGCAAGCAGCUGGAGGCACUACCCGCAGCUGGUUUCAGAGUCAGGAGGAGAGGAAGAAGGAGAAGCUUGCCAAGGCUCUUCAGGAGUUUGACCUGGCGCUACGAGGCAAGAAGAAGAGGAAGAUGUUUGUGAGGGAUUCCCAGAAGAAGGCCCAGCCAACACCUGAGGAACGGUCGCAGUUUGAGAUCCUGAAGGCCCAGAUGUAUGCUGAGCGGCUCGCCAAAAGAAAUCGACGACCCAAGCGAGCCCGUGCUGUGCCGGAGGAAACGCCGCCAGUAGAAACAAAGGCUGGGCCCAAGCAGCAGCGCCAGAAAAAAGCAUCGGCCUUUGACGUGGAGCUCACCAACACAAACAGGAGGGCCCUCAAGCAGUAUCGAGCUGGGCCCUCCUUUGAAGACCACAAGCGGCUGGGCCUUCCUGGUAGAAGGAAAGGAGGAAAAUUUAAAACCAAGUCCAGGUACAAGCGGAAGUGAGCGCACCCGUUAGCUGGGUUGCAGAGGUCUCUACACGGCAGCCGUCUGUGGGAAUCCAAGAUCGCCUGGUAGCCAUUAGCUCUAGUUGCAGCAGCCUAGCAGCUGGAAACAAGCAAUCCCCAGAAAAACAAGCUGGCUGCUUUAUGACGUGGCUGAAGAACUGGGCGUUAGGAGGCGCUGGUGGUUGGGCCUCCCUGGCAGUCCUGAGCGUCCGUUUCUCUGAAACUUCCUAAGAAGACCUUGAUACCAAAUAAACAACUGUGUUGUUGACUCA